ACUGGCAGCAUUAGCAGCACCCUGUGAGGCACCCUUGAAAAUCUGAAAUGGAUUGCAUGAUUCUGAUUCUGGUCUUCCUUGGAUUCAGCCUCCACUCCUGCUCUCACUUCCCCUCCGUAAGUACUACUAUGUUAACUUGGCAAAGAACUGGACCGAUGCUCAGCUUUACUGCAGAGGGAAAUACUCUGACCUGGCGACCAUUGUAAGCAUGGAUGAUAUAAGCAGGCUACAACCUACUUUCACCUAUUCAUGGGCAUGGAUCGGAAUGGCAGAUGACCCCAAAUCCUGGAGGGAUAGCAUGGGCAAUGACUCCAACUCCUGGAGAUCAUCAGCGACUGGUGAAACGAGCAAAACUGGUUACCAGAACUGGGCUGUAAGCAAUCCAUCAGACACAAAUAGAAAUGAAAUGUGUGUGGAAAUGUACCCUGAUGGAACAUGGAAUGAUGCGCCCUGUGGAGCACUCAGAAGUUUUGUUUGUUACAAUGUUACAAACCAAAACACGAAAACCUACGUGUUCACCUCAACUUUGAAAACGUGGACCGAUGCCCGUGACUACUGCAGAGAACACUACACAGACUUACCGAUGAUCGAGAACAAUGUAGAAAACAAUGCGGUCUAUUCUGCAAAACCAGCCUCUGCUCAACCUUGGAUUGGUCUGUACCGAGUGCCGUGGACUUGGUCCGACAAAACCCAAAGCUCCUUCACACACUGGCGAAGUGGUAGCCCAAAUAACUAUGGUGGUAACCAGUACUGUAACUCUGAGAAUCCUCUCCAUGAAUGGGAUGAUGACACCUGUUCAGUCAAGUAUCCUUUCAUCUGUCAUCAAGUUUCAAAAGUGAAGACUACUGUGAGGAUGAAGUUCAAGACUAGCGCUGACAUAACAGAUCCAGCUACUAACACCCAGAUCCUCCAACAGCUGGAUGCAGAGCUAAAAAGACAUGGAUGGACUGACUUCAAGCUGCGAUGGAAGAUUCAGCCCAAAAAGCAGGAGGAAGAGAAACUCACAGAACCUCCAUGCUUUUAAAGAGCCCCUAUUAUACUCCUUUUCAUCUUCAUAUGUGUACUCUUGUACUCUAUAGAAUAGGGUUUACCUGCUUUGAUGUUCAAACAACAUGUCAUGUUUCUCAUACUGCCCAUUGCUUCAGCGCCUCCUACUGAAACAGUCAGUUUGAGCUCUUGGCCCACCUUCCUGAAAAGCCCCGUCUGGUCUGAUUGGUCAGCUGCCCCACUCUGUUGUGAUUGGUCAACCAAAUUCAAACAGUCCACAUGUUUUAAUCCAAACCAUGAUCUUUUUCCUGAA